CGAUGACUCCGUCGUUCGAAUCCUGGUGGAAUGCGGAGCCGAAGUCAACUCCAGGGACAUCUACGACCAGACGCCCCUCCACUUCGCCGCCAUGAGAGGGAACGACCCGUCUGCGAGGGACCUCCUGACCUGUCCGCAGGUUGACAUCGAGGCCAAAGACAGCAGAUGAUGACUCCUCUGUUUGUCGCCUGUUCUUACGGGUACGUGGACAUCGCCCCGCCGUCUGGUGGAUGCAGGAGCCGUUCUGUUGGCCAAGGACGAGACGCUGCAGACGCCGCUUCACCGGGCUGCCAUGGAGGGCCACUUGGAAAUCGUGGACCUCCUUUUAACGGCCGCCUCGACUCAGAACGACGAAGGAUGGAUCUUGAAGACGAUGGUGGAAGUCCGGGACGCAGAGGAACAGACUCCACUCCAUCUGGCGGUGCAGAACGGACACUUGAGGGUGGCCGAGCGACUCCUAGAAGCGGGCGCUGAAGUCGACGCCGUACGGGACAACUUGGCCACGCCCCUCCACGCCGCCGCAGCCGUAGGGCAUCGACCUCAUUAAGCUCCGUUGAAU